AUGGACUCACUUAUGGCCAUGACUUGUGCAAAAUGCGGAAGACAGCCUUCAGAUAUGUUAAUUCUUACGUGCGAUCAUAAUCUUUGCUUGUUGUGCUCAGCUAGAAAUAUUCUCAAAGAUUAUUCUAAAGAAAAUGAGCCUUUUUAUGUAUUUUCCAUGUAGAAAGUUGCUUGUGAUAUAUGCCGUUCCUCAACUAUCCUAGACCCUUCAAGCGCGAAUGAGCUUCUCAAGCUUAAUUUAGAAGAGCCAAAAGACUCAGAACUUGAUGAAGGAGACUUAACCACUUCUGAUCAAUACAAACAAAAUUGGGAGCCUCCUCAAGAAUACUGCAAAGAUCACCCAGACGAAGUUCCUAAUUAUUAUUGUUUUGAGUGUGAAUCAGAAUGCAUCUGCUCAGAAUGUGCAAUUCAUGGUCUGCAUAAAGGCCACGAAGUUAUGAGAGUAAAAACAGCAUUUCCUAUCAUAAAAGGAAAAGUUGAAGACAUGCUCCUUCUCCUUUCCAAUAAGCAAGAUGAGCUUCAAAACCUUGAAGAAAAAAUAGAGCAACGGAAAAAAGAAACAUUAGACCAAUCUCAUACAGCCAAACAACAAAUAAAGCACGCUUUUGAAGACUUAAGAGCAAGAUUGGAUAAAAAAGAAAAAGAAUUAACAUCUCAAGCUGACAGAUUUUUAGAAGAAAAUUUAAAAGAAUUAGAUGCCAUAAGUCGCGCUUUAGCCUCAAAAGUUACAUCUAUUGGGGAACUAUACAGCAAUGUCUCAAAAAUACUACAGCAGGCCAAUAGCAGAGAAUUAAUUGACUUUUAUGCAGAAAGCAAAGAAAAAUUGUUCUUAAAGGUAGAAGCUGAGACUUCUCAACUGCAAAACUAUGAUAGGACUGUCAGUAUGAAGUGCUUUAUUAGCCCACAGUCUGUAGCAGACCAUAUAGAGUCAUUAAAAGGUUUGCAGCUUCAGAUAUCAAGCAUGAAGGGGACAGAGAGCAAAGACAUUGACAGACAAAAAUUCCCAGAGAGAAAUAAAAUACCAAGAAAUUAUAGAGAUUAA